CCUCGUCGCCCCGCGAGCGACGUCGCGCGCUCGGCGUCGCGCUCGUCGGCGCUCACUAGGCGCGGGAAUCGCCCGCGGGCGUCCCCGGAUCCGCGCGCGUCGCGUCGCGUCGAACGCGCCGCGCGAGCCCAGAUCGUCGUCGUCCUGUCUGCGCGCGAAGGGGGACGUGCACGAAUGAUGCCGCGCGCCGUCCGCCGCGGGCGCGGAGCCUCCGCCGCGCUGACGUUCGCGAUGCUGCUCGCGUGCGCGCUCGCGUGCGGCGCGACGGUCGCGACCGCGGACGCCGCCGCCGCCGCCACCGCCGCCGCGGUCCCGGGCGCGGAGACGCCCUCGGCGCGCGACGCGGACGAAAAAGUGUACGCGAUCCGCGUCGUCGACGCGAACGCCAAGGUCAAGGUGCCGCGCGUCGUGACGGGCACGACGCGCCGACCGGGGAUCUUGAAGCUCUCCGGGCACGGCAGGAUCGCGAUGCACAAGAUGUUCCACCACCUCACCCUGAAGGUCCACGACGAGGGCGGGUUCGCGGCGAACAACUGCGCGCUGCGUAAGAUCGUCGCGACGUCCGCGACGGGGAAACCGAACGCGAUCGCCGACGCGCCAGCCGACGCGUCCGGGGAACGACCGCGGCACGCCAACUUCCGCGACGCGAAGAUACGGCAGCGCAAGGGCGCUGGAUGGGGUCACGCGCACGCGCUCAACCCCGCGCUCGAGGCGACGUUCGGGCCGUACGUCUCCGACGUGAUGCUCACGCCGAGGUGCGAGAAGAGACGAGGCGACGGCGUCGCGACGGUCAAGUACCGCGUCGAGCUCGUGUCCUCCAAAGGGCCGGAUCUGCGGAGGGUGUUCCGACUCGUAGUCGGCGCCGCGCUCGUCGCGUUCGCGCCCACGAUCAGCGGUUGGACCGCGGCGUACUACGGCCUCGGCAUGGCGCUGUCCGUCCUCGCCGUCGCGUUGCUCGUCUUGUUCCGCGUGUCGAGGGCGAUGCCGGGGGGGCGGGUCGUGAAAACCGGCGGCGCCGUCGUCGCCGCGCUCGCCGCGGUGAUCGUCCCCACGGAGGAUCUGUCGCGCAUAGUCGAAGGGUACGUCGCGCUCAUGCUCAAGCCCGCGCAGCUCGUGUUCCGCGCGGUCGUGGAGCAGAACCCCGACGAGGCUGGGCUUCCGUUCGCGUUGUUCGCGACGACGCUCGUGCUCGUCGGCGCCGGCGUCGGGUUCUGGGUCGUUCGAAGGUGGCUCGUGGAUCCGUUCUCGGGGGGGGUGGAGCCCACGGUCGCGGGAUUCUCGUGCGCCGCGAUGCGCGCGAUCGGGAUCGUGCUCUUGCUGUUCAGCACGUUGGACACCCUGUGCGGCGCCGCGCUCGCGGGGUGCGGCGUCGGCGUCGCCGUCGUGUCGCCGGUGAUAUCCAGGAUGACGCGGCUCGGUCCCGCGCGCGGGAGCAGCGGCAGAGGGCGACCGUCCUCGGGGAGGGACAGCAGGCGCGGAGGGUCUUCUUCGGGGCGUUACGGGUACGCGCGCGGGGACGACUUCGACCUCGACGACGACGCGUCGCCGCGGUCGCACGGCAGGGGCGGCUCCGGCGGCGGCGCGAGACGACGAGUCAGUUUCGGUUUCGGCGGCGGGGACUCGCCGCCGCCAUCGCGGGGCCGAGACCGCGCGCGCGACCGCGACCGCUCGCCAGGGGACUCCUCGCCGGAGGAACGCGACGCGCGCGGGUCCUCCGCGCGCGGGCGCGGGCGCGGGCGGAAGCGGCGGUCGUUCCCGAAGACGAUGGACCCGGAGCCGGAGGAGCCGCACGCGGUUCUCGAGGGCGCCGGCCUCGGCGCGGAACCGGACGACCGCCCGCGCGGCGCCGGGCUUCUGAGGUUCAUCGGCGGGCUUCUGUUUCGACGCGGGAAGAGAGGGAAAGAUUCGAGAGCGACACCGCCGCCGCCGCCGACGCCGCCGUCGGUGACAGCGACGCCGCCGAGCGCGACGCGCGGACGCGGCCGAGGCGCGAAGACGCCGUUCGCGCCCGUCGUGUCCCCUUCGCCGACGCGCGGAAAGAAACAGGCGGCAGCCGCCGCGAAGGCGCCGCCGAAAUCGCCGCCGCCGCCAGUGGGCAUGGCCGCCGCGAGCGUCGGGCGGUUCCUGUCGCAGAAGGAGUACGAUCAUCGCUGCGCGAAGGCGACGGACACCGGUCUCGGCGCGCUGUACGGUACCCCGGAGUUCACGGAGUGGAUGAAGAAGCAAGGGCACCGGCUGAGGAUCGCGCGAGACUCCGACUCGGACUACUCGGACUGACGAGACCACGACCGUGGAUAUUUUUUCGUUCACGUGUAACGACCUAAGCGUAAGACU